AAAUUUCUGCUUUGGUAUAAACAAUCCGUCCUUAAUACCUAAAUAAUGUUUAAUUCGUUUUGGCUUAGGAUUUUGCUAUAAAAUGGCAAAGUUAGAUGACUUUCUUACUAAGAAAAAAGAAACUGCUCCAAUUUUGGAUUUAUUCCGAGUGACCGCCAAGUCUCCAGAAGAAUUCAAAAAACUUCACGACAAACUCCCAGAAUUCAAAAUUAAACCAGAAAAAGUUCGCGCCGAGGAUUUGAAGAUUAGAGAAAAGAAUUUUAAGUUUAAGGCUGGGAAGAAAGACUUGAAAAUUUUGAAGCAGUCUUAUGCGUUCUUAGAUCCCGUUCCAUCUGAGAUGAAUGAAGUUAACAUUGACGAAUUAGCCGUGGUACCAAUAGAAUGGAAAAUGUUAACUUUACUUCGUCCAAAAACAAGAACCGAGGAGGAAAUGUUUUCCAGGCUUGUGGAACUACGAAAAUUAGCUAUAAAAACAUCUGCGAAAGAUAGACGGUCUUAUGGUAUAGAUCGUCAAAUAAAGAAGACAAAGAACAAAGCUGGAGUUGUUGAAACGAAAAUUAUUGCCUGUAAAGAAUGCGGUGACGAAUUUUGUACAGGUGAAUGGUGUAUAAAAUUUACGUAUGAUUCUUUUAUGAGAGUUUCCGAUGGUUUAAUGCAUCAGCUAGCGGUGAAAUCUUCUACCACUGCGCCAAAACAAGUGAUCAAAUCUAAAAAAGGUUUAGGAAGAAGAUCGAGAUCUACUACAAAGUCGAGUAGAAGUAAAUCGCAUAAGAAGACCAAGUCAAAGUCAAAAUCUCCAGAAAAAUCUUCUUCCAAAAGGUCAACGAUGGUUAGAAGUAAAUCAUCAACAAAACUUCUUAACAAGUCAAAGUCUGUGGAAGUUACGUCUCAAAAAUCACCUUCUAAAAAGUCUCCAUCAAAAACAGCAACAAAAUCUAAAUCCAAAAAAUUCAAGAAAUCAAAAAAGUGAGAAAACUAAGCAGUAGGUAAAUAAGAAAAAAGCAACUUAUUUGCAGGAGCUAAUCUAAAAAUGUAAACUGGUUAUCACGAUUAUGAAUGAAACUAAUAUUUUUAUGGCAAUUUGCAAGCUUUCUUAUUGGUAAAAUGGUUUGAAGAAGUACAUAAAGGUUUAUUUAGUUUAUAUUUAAGUAUGUGUAUAUU